GAGCGUGAGUGGCAGAGUCGGCGCCUACAGCUGCCCGGGCUGUUAUGUAAUGCGUCAACAGCGGUACGGUUUGGGAGGUGAGGGCACGGUGGAGCGGAGCUGGGAGAUGUGCGUGAGCUGUGGCCGUGUGCUGUAACGGGGACAACGCUCUUCGUGCUUCGCCAUUAAUCGGUGUUAAGUCUGGGCCCUGUCUCCCUGAGGUACACACGUCUGGAGGCUGCGGAGCUGCCCUGAGGAGCGGCCAUAGGCGCGUCUCGGUUCACAUCCGUCUCUCUAGCAGUGGAAAUAGCCCAAUGCGGCUUGGUUUCAGGCUAGAUACAGGAUCAUUUUAUCUUUACCUUCGCUCAGUUCUCAGCCAACAGCCUCUGCGCUGUGGAUCUCACAAUGGCGGGUCCGGAGCAAUCCCAGCAGCAGCAGCAGGUCGAGGAGAAGGCAGAACCCAUAGAUGAUGCUGAGAUGGCCCUGCAAGGCAUCAACAUGCUCCUCAACAACGGCUUCAAGGAGAGCGACGAGCUCUUCAGGAGAUACAGGACGCAGAGCCCUCUAAUGAGCUUUGGAGCCAGCUUUGUCAGUUUCCUGAACGCGAUGAUGACGUUCGAGGAGGAAAAGAUGCAGACGGCGUGUGAUGACUUGAAGACCACAGAGAAACUGUGUGAGAGUGACAACGCCGGAGUUAUUGAGACCAUCCGCAACAAGAUCAAGAAAAGUAUGGACUCCCAGAGGUCGGGUGUGGCUGUGGUGGAUCGGCUCCAGAGGCAGAUCAUUGUGGCAGACUGUCAGGUGUACCUCGCCGUUCUCUCCUUCGUCAAACAAGAACUGUCUGCCUAUAUCAAAGGAGGCUGGAUCCUGCGCAAAGCCUGGAAAAUGUAUAACAAAUGCCACAGUGACAUCUCCCAGCUUAAGGAGGCCUCCCAGCGCCGCUCCUCUGUUCCGCAAACGGAGUCCAUGAGCACGGACAACGAUAACCACAGCCCCAGCCCGGAGUCCAGUCCAAACACCAGCCCCCAGCCCAAGGUCCCAACGGAGAACGCUGUCACAGAUGAGGCCCUGGACCGCCUCAAAGGGUCCGUCAGCUUUGGGUAUGGCCUCUUUCACCUGUGCAUCUCUAUGGUCCCGCCUCAUCUGCUCAAGAUCAUCAACCUGCUGGGGUUUCCUGGGGACAGAAUGCAGGGGCUGUCCUCGCUCAUGUACGCCAGUGAGAGCAAGGACAUGAAAGCACCGCUUGCUACGUUGGCCCUCUUGUGGUACCAUACAGUAGUGCUCCCCUUCUUUGCUCUGGACGGCUCAGACACUCAUGCUGGACUCCUCGAGGCUAAAGAGAUUCUUCAGAGAAAGUCUGUAGUUUAUCCAAACUCCUCUCUCUUCAUGUUCUUUAAGGGCAGAGUCCACAGGCUAGAGUGCCAAAUCAACAGUGCUUUGGCCUGUUUCCACGAUGCACUAGAGCUGGCCUCGGACCAAAGAGAGAUCCAGCAUGUGUGUCUGUAUGAAAUUGGUUGGUGCAGCAUGAUAGAGCUCAAUUUUGAGGAUGCCUACAGAGCGUUUGAGAGACUUAAGAAUGAAUCUCGCUGGUCCCAAUGCUACUAUGCCUAUUUGACUGGAGUUUGUCAAGGAGCAUCUGGUGAUCUUGAAGGAGCUCACGCUGUCUUCAAAGAUGUGCAAAAGCUUUUUAAAAGAAAAAACAAUCAGAUAGAGCAGUUUGCUGUUAAAAGGGCUGAGAAAUUAAGAAAAAUGUCUCCCACGAGAGAGCUGUGCAUCCUGGGUGUUAUUGAGGUGCUUUAUCUGUGGAAGGCCCUGCAGAACUGUUCCCCGUCCAAACUACAGAUCAUGAACCAGGUGUUGCAGCGAGUAGACGACACUUCUUGUAGAGGCCUGAAACAUCUGCUGCUGGGCUCCAUUCAUAAAUGUCAUGGGAACAUCAGAGAUGCAGUUCAAUCGUUUCAGUUGGCUGCUAGAGAUGAGUACGGUCGUCAGAUUAACUCCUAUGUUCAGCCUUAUUCUGUCUAUGAGCUUGGCUGUAUAUUAUUGGGAAAAGUAGAGACUGUCGGGAAGGGGAGGUCUUUUCUUCUUCAAGCAAAGGAGGAUUUCACAGGCUACGACUUCGAAAACAGGCUUCAUGUCCGUAUCCACUCAGCUCUGGCCUCCAUAAAGGAUGUAGUGCCUCAGUGACCUCAGCAAAACUACACUAUGAAGGCUCAAGUUACUCGCAGCACACAAGCCAAUCACUCUUUGAUUUCAUUUACCCGUGUUUGCCCAUAGAAAAACAGUUCAAAUCUUUACACAAUGGAUCAGUUGAAACUAAUGUGGAAAAGUAGACCUCCUCAUUGAAGACCUCAUUGACGUUUGACCCUAGUUUUACAUAGUGAUACAGAUCUGCAACAAAAAUGUAUCAUUUUUUCAUGAAACUCAAGGCCUUACCUGAAAAAAAGCAUUGUUGACAGCAAAAAGCAUUGUUUAAAGCUUGAAUAUGCUACUUUACAUAUGCAUUAUUACAGUAUUUUGAUGUCCAUAGGUUGUGAAACAAAAGAGUGAAUCUAGAGUAUUUAAAUCCAAAUUCAUUUACAUAUUUUAAAAACAGUUGUUUAACUGGGCAAAAUUGAAGGGCCUCAAUCUGCCAUAUUUUCUUUUUACCAGGAAUAAAAUCUGCCCGCUAGUAGCUACCGUUCAAACGUGAUGACCAGUAGUAUGAAGAGUCUUGUCAUUCAGAGAACCAAGCUUAGAACUUAAUAAAAUGUUUUAUAAUAUUGCUUUAUUUUUUUAAGCAUUUAACUAGUUAGUUUGAACUUGUACUUUACAAGAAUUAGUUGUUAGUGAUCACAUUUUAGCUCAUUAGAAGGCACCAGAUUACAUAAUGCUGUAAGGUGACACUGAUUGGCUCACCUGGCUUAUAUGGACAGGGCAUCAGUGUCUUUAGACUGAACCUGUUUCCAUUUCUUACAAUGUGUUUCAAUAUAAAUAUUCACUACUGUCAAGUUACCAAUGACAGUUGCGGCUAAUUGUAUCUUACUCAUUUAUACAUUGACCCAUAUAGCCACAUGUUUUACUAUGCUUUUCAAUCAUCACUUUUGAGACUUAUAAUUGUAUAGGCUUGGCUAUUAAAACAAAAUUAGAGAAUAUUUAAAACAUUUUGCACAAUUUGUAACCUUUUUCAACAUUUAUUUAGAUGUACAUAUGAAUCAUUGUGUGCCGCGUAUUGGCUUUGAGCUCUGUAAGCAAUACAUCAACAAACCAGAACUCCCCAUUAUUUGGAUGCACAUGGUUGAUUUUCCUUAAAGAAAAGAUGGUCAUCUUUGUAGCUGGUUGUAAAUUGUACCUGUAAAGAUGGCUCGGCAGGGCUCAGUGUAUUGAAUUGUGAUGGUUUUUGUCAGUAAGCUGUGAUCAACCUGCUCUAUCGAACUGUUAUGACACCUAUUUGUUAUUAUUUUCCCCUAUGAAGCUUUGACUCUGAAGUUAUGUGUCAGACUGAUGGUGUUUCAAUGUGUCACUGAUCCCUUCAAUAAAACGUUCUCAAGUG